CCAUAUGGGCGGACGAACAAACCUAACGAAACAAGAUGGGAAUAAGGUCGAGGAGGCGAACCAGAGCCGCAUCAACUGAUCCACCGUGCCGCCGCCGCCGCACGGAGGACGUGUAUAGUUUUCCGUGGUCGGUGAUGUGGAGGGACUGGGCGGCGCUCCCCCGCGACGUACUGUGGCUCAUCGUGAGCCUUCUCCCGCAGGCCGACAUCCUCCGCGGCGCUGGGUGCGUGUGCGUCUCGUGGUGGCGGCUGGCCGUCGACGAGCCGCUGCUGUGGCGGCACAUCGACCUCGCUGCCGACAAGAACAAGGACAAGCACAAGAACUCGGAUACGGACAUAGACUCGGACUCAGACACAGACUCAAACUCAUACCCACCGGCAGGGUGGCAGGCGACGGCGUGUGCUGCCCUGCGGCGCAGCGCCGGCCAUUGCGAGUCCUUCCGCGGCCCCGUCGACGACAUUUUCCUGCUCUACUUGGCAGACAGGGCGCCAUUGUUGCGGAGCCUUCACGUGACGUGCCGGUACGACAUGGGCCGCACCCGCAUGGAAAACGAGAUCUUCAUCACGAUGGUGGUGAAGAAGCUCCCUCUGCUGGAGCAGCUCGUGCUGUCCGACGGCCUGAUCGAGCCAGCCUCGUUGGCCGCCAUCGCUGACCACUGCCCACGCCUCCGGCUGCUCAACGCCGGCAGCUGUCACACCUGUGGCCGCAUCAACAACACGUUAAGAGUGAGGCUGGAGAGCAGGAUCAAGGAUGUCCGGCUGCCAGGCCUUGCCGGCCGCUGCGGAGGAAUCCGCAUGAUGCGUCCUCGGACGAGACGUUUGCGCUGGUAGGAAGUAUCCCUAAAUUAAACAGGACUCCACUACAAAUCUGACUAUGACAAAUUAGAUGUUUUUGUGGCAAUUUGUGUUUGCUGAUGAUGGCAAGUUUAAUUGACAAUCAUGACAAAUCCGGUUUGGUUAUUUUUUUUAGGAAAUUGCUGUGUUCAUAAACUAAUUUUUUUUAUCCCCACGAAAACUUAGAUUUGCAUAAAAGACAUUCCGUUUGUCAUGCUUAGAAAUCUGACCUCAUAUUUUUAGCAUUACCGGUUAAAAAUAUGUGCAAAGAAUUGGGCCGACGACGUCCC